GGGGAUGAAAAGAUAAUUGCCAAAGCUUUCCAAAAACAUUCACGUGAAAUCGGGGUUCUUGCAGGAAAAUCAGGAAGGGAAGCCGUUGAGAUACUUGAUGGGAAAGUUUUGGAUUUGAUUAAAAAGAGCAAUGCCUUGACUCACGAGCUGAAAGUAAAAGAAAAACAUCUGCAGAAACUGAAAGAACAAUCGAAAAUUGUUGCAUGGAAUAACUAUAAUGAUUUUAUAAGAGAACAUGCUGAAUCAGAAACUUUAAGGCGUGUGAGAGAAUUAGAAAAUGAAUACCAAAAAGUCGAAAAAAAUUUAAUGGAAUGUCAGAUAAUUCAAGCAAAAUACAAACUAAUACAAGAGCAACUUAGAAGAGAGUUGUCUGCAUAUCCAUCAUUACUUCAACAACUAGAAGAUGACUACCGUGCACAGCAAGCUGAUAUUGAAAAGCUUAUUGUAAGUGUAGAGAAAGCUCAUAAAAGGCGAGAUAUUGCUCGUAAAGAAUUUACGAAAAUGGAAGCUGAUGCUGUGAUGGCUCGUCAGGAAAAAGAAAAAAUUCUUGCUGAAUAUAGCAAAGUACUUAAACCAAAACCGACUGCUGCUGAGAAACAUUUUGUGGAGUUAAGGGACACAGCUGCAGCUGAGAAGUGGAGACAACUUCGAGUGGAACAAGAAGCAGAACUAAAAGCCUUUCAUGAAGGAUUUGAAAAAAUUAAAGAAGCUAUAGGAAUCUCUGAUAUCAGUGACGCCGAAGCAAGAUUUCUUUCCCAAAAGUCCACAAAAGAUGAAUUAACUGAUUUGGUGAAGAAAACUGAGGAAAAAAUCAUGAACAUGAAAAAUGAAGUUCAAGACCUAAGAAGUAAAAAUGAAAGUUUACGAGGAUCGGAAUUAGCAUCACCUCAAGUGUAUGUAUAAAAUAAAACACUGUCAGAUUUUUGUUUUUUAAACCUAGACUGUCCGCUUGCAUUGUCAACCGCCUACAUUAGUUAUUAUAAGAAAUAAAACAUUAUAUGCAAUGAUUUUAAUGUAUCUAG